UCCGGGGGAGAACUAGGCAGUAGAUACUCAUAGAAAUCGAGACUGACUGUAAGUCGGCUACGGAAACAGCCAAGGAGGGGAGGGGAAGGCAUUCCGGGCAAAGGGCAGGGAAGAGCUAGCAACUCGGACACGGCCACUGGAUUGGAGAGGCACAGGGGAACCUGAUAGGCUUUGGGGGAUGUUGCCUUUUAUCCUAAGAAUGGUAAUCCCUGAGGAGUGAUCAGAUUUAAGGUUUGCUUGAAGUUUCAAGAUUUGUCUCAAAAACAGCUUGGCUAUGUAGGGAGCGGAGUGUGUGGGGUGGGACUGGCCCUGCGGAGCUGGUGCGGGGAAGGAGGAAGUCCGGAGGGGGUGAAUGCUAUGGUCUGGCAUGAGGAACCCGGAGGUUGGAGAUGCCAUUUGUCAAACAGCAGUGGAGGAGGAGCCAGGUGAGGGCUGAGGUGCCUGCGGGACAUCCAGGCGGCCCAGCUGGGUGCCUAGGCUGAGCUGAAGGCGGGACUGAACGAGGCACUGGAGAGCCAUGUGUGUCUGGACGGCCUUGCACACACUCUACGUAGGGUUUAUCAAGGUGCUUGGACACUGGAGUGAGAUCCUGUCCACCAUGGCCAGGCGCCCGCGGAGCAGCAGGGCAUGGCAUUUUGUCCUGAGUGCAGCCCACCGCGACGCAGACGCCCGGGCCAUGGCUCUGGCAGGGACCACUGCCUGGGGCUAUGACUCUGAUGGGCAGCACAGUGACUCUGACUCUGACCCUGAGUACUCGUCCCUGCCAGCAUCCAUCCCCAGUGCUGUGCCUGUGACGGGUGAGUCCUUCUGCAACUGUGACAAUCAGAGCGAGGCCGCCUUCUGCAGCAGCCUGCACACAGCGGCGCACCGGGGCAAGGACUGCCGCUGUGGGGAGGAAGAUGAGUAUUUUGAAUGGGUCUGGGAUGACUUGAAUAAGUCCUCAGCCACCCUGCUGAGCUGUGACAACCGGAAGGUCAACUUCCAUGUGGAGUACAGCUGCGGCACAGCUGCCAUCCGAGGCACCAAGGAACUAGGGGAGGGGCAGCACUUCUGGGAGAUCAAGAUGACCUCACCUGUGUACGGCACUGAUAUGGUAAGUGACAGGCAGGGCUGUGGGGGGAGGAGCUCUGCUGGUGCCCUGGCCCCGGCCCCCCUCUGCCUGGCCUGUUGUCUCCAGAUGGUGGGCAUUGGGACGUCAGAUGUGGACCUGGACAAGUACCACCACACGUUCUGCAGCCUGCUUGGCAGGGAUGAGGACAGCUGGGGCCUCUCCUACACAGGGCUCCUCCACCACAAGGGUGACAAGACGACCUUCUCCUCGCGGUUUGGCCAGGGCUCCAUUAUUGGCGUGCACCUGGAUACCUGGCACGGGACACUGACCUUCUUUAAGAACAGGAAGUGCAUAGGUGUGGCAGCCACAAAGCUGCAGAACAGGAAGUUCUAUCCAAUGGUGUGCUCCACCGCGGCCAAGAGCAGCAUGAAGGUCAUCCGCUCCUGUGCCAGCGCCACCUCCCUACAGUACCUGUGUUGCCACCGCCUGCGCCAGCUACGACCCAACUCUGGGGACACGCUUGAGGGCCUGCCCUUGCCACCUGGCCUCAAGCAGGUGCUACAAAACAAGCUGGGCUGGGUCCUGAGCAUGAGCUGUGGCCACCACAAGUCCCCCACGCCCUCACCCAAAGCCACGGUCAGUCCCAGCAGCCCAGAGACCCGGCGCUGCCAGAGGAAACGCUGCCGAAGGACCUAACUUAUUUUCCAAUGAAAACUGCCUCCUGAGGCGAGGACAGCGUUUUCUCCAUCCUUUCCCUCAGGCCAUGCUCCAGGGUAACAGGAGAGGGAGGAGUUGGGCCAAGGUCUGUCUGGGCUGUCCCCCUGCCCUCAGAGGCUAGGUCAGGCCUUGCCAUAAGUUCAGAAGCCGCAGGCCCUGGGAUCCUGAGACCAGAACUGAAUCCAUCUGUUUCCUGUGUGGGGUAUGGCAGUGGCUGCUUCUCUCCUUGGAGUCUCUUGUGAGUGGCCACACCAGCUCUUCUGGACCGAGUCUGCGGCCUCAUCAGAUGUCACCUUUUCUGUAGCUGCCAGCCUCUGGGGACCUUGGGUUUGUCCUCACUUGCUUUGCAUGUUGUCAGUUGUUCCUCCCGUCUGAGACUGAAACGAUCGUAAUAAACUCUGAGUUUAUACCUAA